AUGACCCUACUAAGAGGUUUGUAUCCCCGUCAAAUAAUCUCAUUCAACGUCACGUAUCCUAUCUUCAAUAAACUUACGACCUAUAGUACCACAAAUCUCCUUGUGUGUGUCAAACCCGCCCCUGGUAUUGAUCUCGGCUGGACUAGCUCUACGAAGGUGUCUCUGCUUUACAAUGAGCUCCUGGUUGGAGAAGCAGACUUGGAAACUGGCAAUGUCUUCCUCACCGAGACUAAUGUGGCAUUUUAUAAUCUCGAAGGCUUCAAGAUUUGGAAUAUGCAUGGAUUCAAGGCUUUCAUUCAACACGUUAUCCCUCGGCCUAGAGAUGAAAGCCAACUAGAAGGGCGAGGCCCUGCUGUUGCAUUGAAAAUCGAUGACAAGGGCCAUAAGCUUGCCAUAUCUAUACGACUGGACAUGAUGGGGUUUGCUAAAACUCUCAUAUCUACCGUUCGCCGAAUUGACGACGAGAUUGAAGUCGUCUUCUUCAUACAGAAUCCGACUAGAGUCGGGAUUUGUUUCGGAGAAACUCGUUUCAUACUUGAGAAAGACUGUCGUAUUUUGGCACGAUUGUAUGGUAAAUUUAACAUCGUGUCCGACGAUGGCAUGCAGAAGUUCCAGGUAAAAGGGCCCAUCUGUUCAGAUACUACACUCUUUGGAAAAGCAAUUUUGAAAGGAGUUUCUGCGGAUAAGCAUUCAGAUACCUGGUAUACUCCUGCUAUUCGGCUAUUUGAAAUGGAAGUCGAUUUGGAUGCACUCAUUGAAGGCGAGCAUUAG